AUGACCUCAGAGACUCAAGAGAAAUUCGCGCCGUACUUCGUUCGUGCUCAAAAUCCCUCGUAUCGUGGAGGGAUAUGGGGAUCUAUGUUUGUCAUUGCGGCAUGGGUUAUUCUUUAUCUGUGGGGUAUUACUCAAUUGGUUGACGGUAUUUUGGAUUGGUUUUCUUAUGGCAGCUCUUCUGCUGCCAUUCGAAUUGGUGUGGCAGUGUACGCUACGACUGUUUCAACAGCUGCAGCAGACCAGGUAGAGUUCGGUAGUAUGAAGUACUAUGGGCUUUGUGCAUUUGGAGGAGUCCUUUCUUGCGGUAUUACGCAUACGGCCAUCGUUCCUCUUGACCUUGUAAAAUGCCGUAUCCAGGUAAACCCCGAAAAGUACAAAAGCAUCAUUACCGGUUUCCGCACCACCGUGUCUGAAGAAGGAGGGCGUGCAUUAGUGAAGGGCUGGGCUCCGACUCUAAUCGGAUAUUCGCUUCAAGGGCUCGGAAAAUUUGGGUUCUAUGAGGUUUUCAAGAAUGUGUACUCGGAAAUUCUUGGACCGGAAAACGCUUAUAUAUACCGCACUUCGCUGUAUUUGGCCGCAUCCGCAUCUGCUGAGUUCUUCGCGGAUAUUCUUCUUGCUCCUAUGGAAGCUACGAAAGUUCGCGUUCAAACUUCACCUGAUGCACCUCCAACUCUUCGGGGUUGUGCCCCAAUGAUUUACAAGGCUGAGGGCAUAAUGGGAUUCUACAAGGGCAUUGUGCCACUUUGGUUGCGUCAAAUCCCUUACACGAUGAUGAAAUUCGCUUGCUUCGAGCGUACAGUUGAAUUGUUGUACAAACACGUGGUUCCAAAACCACGUUCCGAAUGUACUAAGCCUGAACAACUUGUGGUUACAUUCGUGGCUGGUUAUAUCGCUGGUGUGUUCUGCGCCGUUGUUUCUCAUCCCGCUGAUACCGUGGUGUCAAAACUUAACCAGGAUGCUGGCUCCGGAAUCGGAGGAAUUAUCAAGAAGCUAGGCUUUGCAGGCUUGUGGAAGGGCCUGUUUCCGCGUAUUAUUAUGAUUGGAACGUUGACAGCUCUCCAGUGGUUCAUUUACGACUCUGUGAAGGUGGCGCUGCACCUUCCACGUCCGCCUCCUCCAACGAUGCCCGAAUCUCUGAGGUUAAAACUGAUGGCUCAGAAGACUCAGCAUUAA